AUGCGCACCCUCGGGUAUUGGUCCACUCUUCCCCUCAAUCGGAAGCCCCUGUAUGGCACACGCGUCGAAGUCGAUAAUGACAACCUCCUCGCCAUCUUUGGUUUUGAACAUCACGUUGGAAUCACGGAUAUCGUGAUGGACAAGAUUGAGGGAAUGAAGAUGUUUGAGUCCUGCCUCGAUCUGAUGACAACAGCUGUCGAUAUCGAUCUGAUGCUCCGUGUUUCUAGGUCCAUGAGCUCUUGCGCGUACUUUUCAAAACAAAGUCCGGUGAUUCUGCCAUCUUUCACCACACAUCCAUGA